AUGAAUACACCGUUAUCAGUCGCAGUUUCCAGAGGACAUUUGUUGGUUGUCGAGGCACUUCUAAAUCGGCUCGACGUUGACACGAAUUUUACAAACGACCGAGGCAGGACCUUACUCCAUGUAGCUGCUCUAAACGGCCAUGUGUCUGUAAUGGAGAUGCUGAUACACUGGACGGGAUUAGAAAUCAACGAGCAAGAUGACCGUGGCCAAACUGCCAUAUCGCUUGCAGCGGAACAUGGUCAGGAACGCGCAGUGGCAUUCCUAGUAACGAAAGCUGAUACAAAUCAUGUAGAGAUCAAUGCGCUUGAUCAUCGGCGGAGCACGCCCCUUUGUUACGCAGCGUACAAUGGGAACCCCUUUACGAUUGAGCUUCUUAUAGCACGAAAUGAUGUUGAUCUUUAUUGUGGGACGUACGAUAAUCGAUUCCCCCUCUCGCUGGCAGUAGAGAGUGGAAACUGCACGACUAUUAAGCUGUUGCUCAAUCGAAUGCGACAGCAAAAUCCAAAGGUGACUGGAGAGGUUGACCACCAAUUCAGCGCCGAGUUGAACAGGAGUGAUUUAUGGGGCCGAACACCGUUAUUCAUUGCUACCGAACAAGGACGUGAAGACAUGGGCACAGCGCUAGCAAGCGCCGCCAAAAAUGGCCGGGAGAAUAUAGUCCAGCUAUUGCUCAGCCGACCAGAUAUUGAUAUUGGCGCUCGAGACAUCCACGGGCGGACGCCUAUUCAACUCGCAACUCUGGAGGGUCAUAAGAGUAUUGCGCUGAUGUUGCAGAGAUUCCAUCUAGAUCCGGACUCGGAAGUCUAG